AUUGAUGAUGCCAUGCAUUUUAUUCGUGACUCGGAAGCACAAAAAAGUCUUCUUCGUCUCUUCGCGGUGAAUUGCCUUUGCCUACCCACCAGAAAAAACAACCGACGAGUUUCUGUGGUUCUCUAGGGUUAUCCCUUUUAGGGUUUAUUUCUAAAUUGCAAUCUAUCUUACCCAUCCUCUGCGAGGACGUCAAUCGAUCCUGUCGAACCUAACCAGUCCCAGGUCAAUUCGGUGAUUUAUCAGAAUGAAGCCACUCUUACCUGUUUGGGGUUGACUCGAAUCUGUACUGAAUCCAACCAGCUACCGUCCCUACAGGGUCCUCUUCUCGUUUAAACAAUAGAGGAUCUAUAGGACUAGAGUCGAGAAGUGCUACCUAUGUUGUAUUUAAAAUGCUAAAUAAUAUAGUGUCUAUACAAGGUGUUCUUUUCUUUCCUAUUGUUUUUCUUACCAAAUGGUGGAUGUUGAGGCUGUAGAGGAGAGACCUGGGCUCGAAUUCCAGCAGUCACUCCUUAAUUUUAGGUUUAUAAAGAAGUUGGCUGGUCCCUUGCAAACAUCUCCUAAAUAAGCAGGUUCGACUUGAGAUAAUUAUAUUCUCUUCAUUUCUUCUACUGAGAAGAGAAGGUGACCAUGGCAGGACACCUGCCAGGGGAUCCUUCUCAGCAUGGGAUUACAAGAGGUGGAGCUUAUAUGAUUUCAUGGAACACACUUGAAGUGCCUGAGUGCAGUGUGCCUAGAUGGUACUUCACCAGACAAGAAUUAGAAGACAAUUCCCCAUCUAGGAAGGACGGUAUUGACUUUAAGAAAGAGGCACAGCUAAGGAAACUAUACUGUUCAUUUAUUCAUGAUUUGGGCAAGAAGCUUAAAGUACCACAGUUAACAAUUGCAGCAGCUUUGAUGUUGUGCCAUCGAUUUUAUCUGCGCCAAUCUCAUGCAAAAAAUGAAUGGCAGACAAUUGCAACGGUGAGCAUGUUUCUUGCUUGCAAAGUGGAAGAAACACCACGUUUACUGAAGGAAGUUGUUAUUGUGGCUUAUGAAACCAUGUAUAGAAGGGAUCCUGCAGCGGCACAAAGAAUUAAACAAAAAGAAGUUUAUGAGAAGCAGAAAGAAUUGAUUUUAAUAGGGGAGAGACUUUUGCUUGCUACUAUCGCAUAUGAUCUUGACAUCCCACUUCCAUACAAGCCACUUGUUGCAGCUUUAAAGAGAUUGAAGAUUUCUCAUAAUGAUCUAGCCAAAGUGGCAUGGAAUUUUGUGAAUGAUUGGCUUUGGACAACUUUAUGUUUGCAGUACAAAGUCCAUUAUAUUGCAGCUGGUUCAAUGUUCCUUGCUGCUAAAUUUAGCAAAGUGAAGUUGCCCUCAGAAAAGGGUAAAGUUUGGUGGUUGGAGUUUGAUGUUUCCCCUCAACGAUUAGAAGAGGUUAUCCAGCAGAUGCUUGUGUUGCUGGAACAGAACAAACGACCAAUAAUGCCUUCUGUUCAUGGGAAAGAGACCCAAACUACUGUUGUCAUGGAAAAAGCAGUAUCUGAUAGUCCACAAUCAUGUGUUUUAAGUGGGUCUGUCAUAGCUUCAGCUUCAAGCAAUGGCUCAGAUAGAGAGGCUGGUGGAGAUGCUAACCUUGAUGGCCAGAAAGGCACCUGUGUUGCUGGAAAAGAAGAGGCAUUACAAUGGCGGACAAGUGAUUGUGGAAGCAUGAACAGUGUUGUUGAGGAUGGAUGUAUGUCUGAUGGAGAGGUUCAGGCAAAGAUAGAGGAAUCCAAUAAGACUUUGAGUUGUAAGAUUGUUUCGGUUAAUGGGGGCCUUGGUAAAUUUGACAAGGAUAGGAUCAGAGAGGCAAUAAAGAAGAGGAAAUCUGAAAGAGCUGCAAAUAAGGUUGCAGUUGCUGUAGAUGAUGAUAAAAAUGAAGAUGCCUGGAUAGUGAGAGAGCUGGAAAGGGGGAUAGAGCUCGAGUCUGCACCCAUGGAGAAGAGACAAAGGUCGGUUUGAUAUGUGGGCCGCACCAUUUCCUUCGCCUCGUUUUUGUUUGGUGACUAUCGACUGGAAAAAUCUAGUCAUAUGGUAUACUAAGGUCAGAAACGGAGCCGAUUCUUAAUCUUAUUCAUCAUUUCUACUGCUCGUUUAGUUUCAAUUGUUGUAUGUAUGUAGGUUUGGUACAAUGCUAUGUAAUUUGCCUUUGGCCUCAAUUUAUUCAAGUCGGGAAAAAUUUCCCUUUGUAAUUGUUUGGAUAUCAUUCGAUCUACUGGAAAUCCCUCGUUCUUUGUUCCA